AUGUCCAACGAUGUCCUUACGAUAUAACGUUUUACAACAGACAAUUUCAACCAUAACAUACUAGUGGCGCCAUUUUUUGUGAAACGGCGGAAACUUAUUUAUACUCCUAAUAUCCUUUUUACCUUCGACGCGUAAAGCAUACAUCUUUGCUCUAAGCCCAACGAACUCAGUCAUGAUAGCGCCAUUAUUUUCGUCUUUUAUUAAACCGGGAACUCUUUUGUUAGCGAGAGGCAUACCAUACUUAUUAUUUAUUGGAUAGUCGCUUGUGUCAAACUUGUGAAUAUCGCGUUUUAUUAUUUUGUAAUUUACCGACUUUCCGCGCACGGAUUAGCUCGUCGGGUUUUCGAUGCUAGAUCGCGAAAAUGGUUCAACGCGGGAGAAAAGAAGGCCGGCGGUGCGUUUUAACAUUCUACACGCAAGAUAUGGUUUAAAUUGACGUAUAUUUAUCUAGUGGGACGGACAAUAUAUACACGGUAAUAUACAUACAUAUAUAUCUAUAUAUACAAAUGUCGAUGCGCUUCGUCGCCAGAUCGAGCAAUGGUAUACCGGUGUAAUCUUUGCGCGGGCGCGAUCUACGGCCGGCGUUCCAUGCUUCGUGACGCGAUGGGCGUUGUUUCGCGGUACGGUCUGCGGACUAGCCGUCGUGUCGCGGUGCUCGCGGGCGGGUCGACUUCUCGCGCGGUAUGGCGGUUGCGACGGGAUCGUCGCAGGUAGGCUAGACGCGCGGUACCCUGUCAAGUAACUUGACUCGAGACCCCAAACACGGCGGUCGCGGUUUUGAUGGGUGUCGCGAGGUGAGGAGGGUAGCCUCCGGGUCGCCGGGGAUCGGCUCGCUGACCAAGACUCUUGGUGCUUGAGCGGGUCUCGGCUCGUGGAGGCUGAUGUAUUCGGAAUAAAUUGGCGUCGGAGGCGGAGUACCCUCUCGCCGCGGCCAAGCACUUUUCGACCGGGUUUCCGACUUCGGGAGCAGGAUAUCACCAACGCAGCGGAUCGUUAUCGGAAAGCUGGUCGGUGACGGAGUCGCUGUUUCUCGUCGCGGUGGCCCUAUUUAUACCGAGCGACUCCGCUCGCCUCCGUUAUCUUUUCGGCGCUUAACGGCGGAAUCGUCGGGGUAGGGAGGACCGCGUAUCCUCCGAGUGCGCGUGCGCGCCGACUCAGCACGUGCGAUGGCUCGGCGCUCCUCUGGCGGUGUUUGUCGCCAGCAUAGAACUUAUAAACAUGGAAGGGGAAUAGGAAGACGCGACUGUGUCCAAGAAGCGAGACAACAAUAUAUAGUUCUGUCUCUUUUCAUUACUUUUCCUCGAAAUGCGCAUGCGCGGUCGGAGUGAGAUUGUGUUAUGUACAUAUAUUGUACAUUUUGGUUGUGUAUGUACGUUGAUAUAAAUCGAGUCAGGUUAUAUUAAAGUUUAGCGACAAAAUCAAGCGUCAGUUUUUGCCUGUGCUAAUUUGUGCUGUGCCUGAUAGAAAAACAAAUUAGAAAAAGAAAAAUGGGAGUGUAUUGUCUGCUGUGCGGCAAUCGAAACAAAACCGUUUCAUAUCACCGGUUUCCGAAAAAUAAGCAAGAUCGAGAAAAAUGGCUAUCCUUCUGUGGAAUCAAGGAGCAGGAUCUUAAUACCGCUACCUUCCUAUGUUCCAAUCAUUUUAAGGAAGAAGAUUUAAAGAAAAAAUUAAAUUGUUUAAUUACAAAUCCUGGAGCAAUACCAUCUAUAAAGACACAGAAAAGGAAAAAAUCAAAUACAACAGACAAGUGUCUGCCACCAAUAAAAAAACACAAUUUGGGUGAAGUUGUGUCCAUUGUAGAAGCUGAUGCAUCCAAUUCUCCGACAGCAGCUAAUACUAUAUUUACAUUGAUUGAAGAUUCUCCGACAGCAGCUAAUACUAGAUCUACAUUGAUUGAAGAUUCUCCGACAGCAGCUAAUACUAUAUUUACAUUGAUUGAAGAUUCUCCGACAGCAGCUAAUACUACAUCUACAUUGAUUGAAGUGAACCGUCGAACACUUCCAAUGACUGUUCCCGAACCUCGAUAUGUUGGCGACAUUCGAACACCACAUUUAGCUACACCUCGACGAGCAAAAAGAGCUGUAGCUCUAACACGACGAGUUAUCAGUCAAUAUUCGAGGAACAUUAAAACAUUACAACAAUCACAAAACAGAUUACGUGCACGUAAUGGCAGUCCUGACAUCAUGCAUGAGAUAUUAAAGAGGAAGAAAGGAUUGAAGAAAAAGUAUUCAGAAGAGUUGAGAAAGUUUGCGUUAACUUUAAAUUUUUAUUCUUCAAAGGCCUAUGAGUACGUCAGAAAAACUUUUAAAAAUCUUUUACCCGAACGUUCCACUAUCCGUAAGUGGUACAGUGUUAUAAACGGGCGACCUGGCUUCACAGACGAGAUUAUGAUGGGAAAAGGUAUUACGGACAUGUUGAUCUCGGAAUAA